AUGUCUGGUUUGGCAGUGAGAAAGAAGAAAGGCGGCAUCGCCCCGGGUGCGAAGAGGAACAGGCGCGACAGCCACAGCGACAGCGAAGAUGACGGCGACCGGCCUAGAGGACAUGCUCCGCGUUCAGAAUGGGACGAGGAUGGAGAUCUAAGCUCCGAGCAGGACGAAGAGGAUCAGAACGAUGAAAAAUCUGACGAGGAAGAGUCCGAGCAGGAUGAAGUCGUUCGACCAAAGGGGCGGGCGUCUCGGCCACCUGCCAAGAAGCAGAAGCUGGCGCACAAGGCCACAUCGGGGUCCUCGAGGGCAGCCCCCACGAGGGACCUGGCAGAUAUUGACACGGAUGAGUCCGAGAGCUCAAGGCCAACGCGCGCCACGGGGAACGGGGUCGUUUUGCAGAGGCCGUCCCUGGCGUUCCAGACGCGAAAGAAGGAGGCCAAGAAGCAGAAACGCGGGAUGAAGCCCGGCGACGUCAAGGGGGACAGUUCCACGGACACUGCCGCUGAUGAGCUUAAGGACGUGUACAUCCCGACCGUCAAGGCCAAGGCGUCUGUCGUGCGCAGGAGCCGCGACUUCCCGCCUCGGGAACAGGAGGACUUUAAGCUUCUCAUUCCAAAACCUCAUUAUGAUGAGUACUGGACGCGAGAGGACGAGAGAGAUCUAGCGCGACGGCUAUCAGACGACGUGAACUUCAAGAAACAGUGCGAGCCCAAGCCGAUCGUCGUGGGCCUCUGGAAGACGGUAUUCCGCUUUACCGGGUGGCUGGUAACAGAUGUUAUUGGGCCAAGGACCAAUCUGGAGUUUCGUUCUGAAUCUCAGAAGGGCGACGGCCCCAUAUGGACUGACAGGCUCUGUGAGGCCCUCCCGGACGUGGUCCUCCACCCAAUGCUCGACCUUGACCCGGCGAAGGCCGCAUUGGCGCUGCAGUGGGCCGUCAUCUGCCGCACUGGCGACAAGAGGAAACAUCGCCUGAGUGGCUGUAAUGAUGACAUUUUCCUGCGGUUCCUGGCGUCGGUCGUCAACAAGCACCAGGACGGCAACACGACGCCCAGGUACCUGCGAGAGCUCGCACUCUACAAGCACAAGAAGCUCCAGGACGCCGGGGUCGGGCCACCGCGAUGGCACGAGCUCCUGCGGCACAUCGAGGACAAGGUCGCCGAAACGAGCCAGAAGAAGGCGCCCCAAGGCGGAGAGGCUGCCGACGCCACACAUGGAGUUGACGGGGAGCCCUACUUUGUCAACCUUGCCGACGUGUACGCCGUGCGCAGCGCCCUCGACAGGAUAAAACAUCUCAGCAUGCGCCAGUACCUUGGUGCGCGCCUUAUCUCGGGUGCGGUCAUGCCCUCCAGGGAAAACUCCGACGUUCCUAACAGGGAACUUAUGCAAAGGGCUAUUAAGGCUGUGUUGCUAUACAAAGAGCGAAAUAAGGAGCGUGCGGCACGGGGUGGCCUUCCAGAGCCGCUGCCAAGCCCCAAACCACACCUCAAGCGCCCAUCAAAGGAUGGUGACGGGUCAGAUGACGGUCAAGACUCUUCCGACGACGACCCGUUCACAUCGGCAGGAGACAAGAGCCCAGCGCGCAAGACGGCAGCCCGCAAGACGGCACGCACGCCGCUUCAAACUCGUCACAGGGACCCGAGUUCAACUGGUCCAGGGCGCACCGCAGACUCGCAGAGUGCCUCUCCGUCGCUAGGCGAGAGCCCCCAUGCCCCGUCCCUACAAUACGAGCCGGCGAUGGGUGUUGACGACGCUUCACUCGGCGAACAUGACGCGCUGCAACCCAGCGACGAGUCGCAAACCAUGCGCGGAGAUGACGAUGUGAUGUCGGGUCUCAUACCCGAGUCGCCCGGUGCAUAG